CACAUGGUUGGUAUAAAAAACUUUUUCUUAUAAAUAAAUAUCACCAUCCACAUCCAUCCAUUAUUAUUGUAAUAAUGUACUGUGGUGUUUAAAUAAAAUGGCCACUAAUAACACCGUUAAGUUCGUAAUCAAUUAUGAUCCGAUCAAGGGUCGAUCACUAAUAGCAAAGGAAACGAUUGUUAUGGGUGAAAUAAUCUUUGAAGAAUCGCCAUUAGUUUGUUCGCAGUUUUUAUGGAAUGCUGAAUGUAAAUAUGACGCUUGUCAAUAUUGUUUAACACCAUUAGAAACGGCUGAAGAGAAUGUUUCCAGAUUGACAAAAGAAUGCAUUCAAUUACCAUAUGUUGAACAAUGUUGUCAGACCGAUAAAUGUAAACAUGUCGAUUGUUUAGGUUGUGGUCGACAGGAACGAUAUUGUUCGAUUGAAUGUCGUCAACGUGCGCGUGAAAGUUAUCAUCAAACAUUGUGCCCGUCACAAUCAGAAACGAUGGCUAUCAAUUUGAAUAAAUUGUGUCAACAUUGGAAAUCGAUUCACUAUCCACCUGAAACAGCCAGUAUAAUGUUAUUGGUGAAAAUUCUAGCUCGUAUCAAACAGGAUGCAACUGUUGUAGAAAAAUUGCAACAAUUUUCAAGUAAUACUGCCCAAGAAUCAGAAAAAUUUGUCCAUAUUUUAUGUGGCGAUAAAUUUCAGGAACAAAUCAUUAUUCUUCGUCAGAUUAUCGUGGAUUUAUUUCCAAAUGAGGAAAUAUUGAAUCCUUUCUUGACUGAAAAUGGCUUUAAAUCACUAUUGGCGAUAGUUGGAAAAAAUAGCCAAGGAAUUGGAACAAGUGCAUUCAGUCAAUGGGCACGAAAUUGUGAACGAUUAGUUGCCAAUAAUCCAGCCGAAUGUGAACAAAUUAAUCAAUUGAUUGAUGGAUUAUUUGAAAAAAUGGAACAAAUUUCUGGAUGUUUCAUAAACACAGAAGGAUCUGGUCUUUAUGAACUGCAGAGCUGUAUUAAUCAUAGUUGUCAACCAAAUAGUGAAACAUGUUUCCAACAUAACAAUUUCAUUCUAUCAUUGAAAGCAUUGGAAACAAUCAAUCCGGGCGAAGAAAUAACCAUUUGCUAUCUGGAUGAAUGUUGGAAAGAUCGAAGUCGACAUAGCCGAAAUAAAUAUCUACAGCAAAAUUAUUUAUUCACUUGUCAUUGUCCAAAAUGUCAACAACAAACAAAUGAUGCCGAUGAAACCAGUGAUGAAGAAGAUGAAGACAGCGAUUUACAAUCAAAUCCCGAUGAUGACGAAGCAAUGAAUUGUGAUUGAUUAUUUGUAAAACAUUGGUGAAUACUUUGAUCAAUUUAUUCGAUUCAUUUAUCAUUUUUGUAUUGCAAAUAUUUACCAUUAAUUGUUAUAACGAUUCGAUCCUCUUUGUCGUCGAUUGUUUGCUUUUCAAAAUGAACGGUACAAUCGAUUGCUGACAUUAUACCAUCACCGAAUUCUUCUUUUA